AAGUGGGCGGUCUCUCUUUCUGUCUCACCUGCCUAUUUCCAAGCGAUUCCCAGGAAAAAGAAAACAAUGGACCACCAGGCGCUGAGAGCUAAUGAGUCUGCGCUGAAGUGAGAACAUUUCGCAUUGUCGUGUUAUUGGUGACUGAUUACUUGUGUGGAAGUUGGGGAGGUCUGCAUUUGUCAUGACUCAGAAAAGCAGGAAACUCUCAGUGGGCAGUUCAAUCGUGGAUGAGCUCUCCCCUCUUCUCACGAGAAGAGGCAACAAGAAGAAGUGCAGCCGGAGCCAGAGCCUGAAUUUGGGGAAUGUCAAACAGCAGCAGGGCAGGUGGCUAAAUCAGAGCUUCAGAAUGAGCAACAGGGACCAGACCACAGCAGGAGAUUAUCUUAGCAGAUCGGAUGAGCUCGCCAUCACUCAUUGCUACAUAAAGUACAAUAAAACCUUCCACAAACUGUUUCAAGAGAUCCCCGAGGAGGAGAGGCUGACACACACGUUUACCUGUUCCUUGCAGAGGGAGGUCCUGUAUCACGGAAAACUCUUUGUUUCGGAGAACAACGUGUGCUUCUACUCAUCUGUGCUGCUGAAAGAGACCAAGGUGGUGAUUGCCAUUUCCAGUGUGAAGGAGAUAAAGAAACAUAACCCAACCCUGUCUGUGCUGUCUGUGCUAACAUCCAGCGGAGAGAAGUAUUUGUUUGCAUCAGUGAGGAACUAUAGUGUCUGUUGCAAACUCCUUCAAAGCCUCUGCUGUCAGCCUCAGGAGAGCAGCCCAAGCAGCAGCCCUUACCUGUCCUCUGCAGAGUUUGAGCAUGACGCAGUGAGUCUGCGUCUCAAGAGACUUUUAGGCAGCAAGAAUCCAGAAGCAAAAGAAAAUGAUUCUCAGCAUCCACAUAUCCCUUGUCUCCAGGCCUCCAGCCUUUCCAGUUUAGAGGACAGUUUCGAGAACGUUGUUCUCAGUGACAGCAUUUCUCCGAUCGACGGUGGAGCAGCUGACGGCACAUGCAAGUCCGCACAGGGAGGCGGUUUUACAAAUGAAACUGACAGAGCUGGGUCAUGGAUUUGGAGGUUCCUUGAGAAAGUUACACUUUUAUUGUUCUUCAGAGAAGUUCUGAGUCUAAGAGUUGUCUUCCACAUCUUCCUGGUCCUAAUGUUGUUGCUGCUCUUGGUGUCCGGCUACAUCGGGCUGAGGAUCACCGCUCUGGAAGAGCAGCUGAGCUCUCUAGGAGCCCUGGCCGAUCUGUCUUCGCACUACGCAGAGUGAGUAAAGUACCAGGAAACAUAAACACCUGUAACAAAGGCAUCUCGACAAUAACACAUACUGACUUUAAUAAUGUAUAUUUAAAUGGAACAUGCAUUUUAUUUUUUCAGUAUUGCACACAAAUACUUUUCACAACAGAAAGCAAACUCCUGUUUAAAGUUGAUGUUCUACAGCUAAUCUUAAAGGUACUUCUGGGUUCUCUAAAACCCAGAAGUACAUGGGUUGGCUGUCUGUUUCAGUGUACCAAAGGUUUCUAAAGGUUACCUCCACAAAUUUCUGUCAUACAGUUGCUAAAAUCAACCUCGUACUUCUACCAACCCAAUCCUUGAAAUGUGUGGAAUAUACUGGAGUUCUGAUAAGUGUGAUCUUGGCUUCAUUAAGACCCAAAGCGUUUAAAGGUGCAUUAUUCACAACAGACAAUAUUUCCUUUUAUUUAACUGACAGACUUAGCACAGUUUUGACAGGAGUAACUUAGUGCUGCCCUUCCCCCACUUGUUGUUGUACUGGGGCUAAAAGAUGGUGCUUUUAUCAAGGUGUGCGGUUUGUAAAAAUGCAGUUGGGAAAUUAACAAUAAAUCAGUCGACAGGCAGAUGCCAAAGGUACUAAACUAGCUUAUAUCAGUGAGGUGUAGUUAAUAGUUCACUUCUAUAACUGCAGAAGUGCAUAGUAGUCGAAUGAGAUUAAUGAUGACUAAUCUCAUUGAACUACUUAACAGGUCUUUGCUUAAAUCUAUUAAAAAUAAUGUUAUGCAUAUAUUAUAACUCUAGAAUUGCUAUUUUAAUGGCUAUGUUUGUUCCACCAAAUAGAUCAUAUUUCACUUUUAUAUUUGGUGUUUGUUUUUCUUUAAAGUGAAUACUAUAAAACUAUAUCAGUUUUACUCAAGUUGGCGGUGUGUGUAGGAAUCGGAAACUGGGCCAUGCCUAACUAGUCUGCAUGUGAGCAUCAGAAAGCUGGAAACAACUAGCGCACCUUGGCAGUGAUUUUUUUAAAUUUUUUUAUGUUGCUUGGACCAGCUAUUUUUGAAAAUCGAAGAGCAGACUCGGUCUAACUCAGCCGAAAUAUAAACUCGCUAGGUUUUUAUUUUUAAGCCCCACAUACAAUGGUGUUGUUCUUUAUUGCGCCUUUCGAAUUGAUGAACUUCAGCCUGUUAAUGACAACUUCUGACCACCAGAGGGCAGUAAGCCACUACAGAUUUAUUAAAGCCAGAGUAGCAAUGGCGUCCGAUUUUGCUUUAGCGACGUUACCCCCCAAAAAUAAUUAAUACGUGGAAACCAAAACCAUAUUAAGAUUCUUUAAACAUUAAUAUAAAAAGGGUCACAUUUUAGGUUUUGAUUUACUGUUGGCAAAUUGUUUUUCACAAUUGAAGAAUUUUCUGGCACCAAUUGUGUAAAAUAUGUACUCUACAGUCUACAGUAUGAAUUUAAUGCAUAAUUUAAAGCUGAUUUUUUUUAACUGAAACUUACCGUUUUUACAAGAAUCCCUAACAUUUUCAUUCAUUACUUCCAACACGGCAGCAGUCUUAAAUGUACAAAUAUUUGCCUGCCUUUGUGACUGCAUAGUGGAGUAAUUGUUAAUUUAUGGACUGUAAGUAAUAAUAAUAAAAAAA